CGUGGCUAUCCACGACGGAUAUCCGGCGACUGGAACGGCAUCACUGGUCCGGUUGAUGCGGCCGUCACUGAUGCUGAUGGUGAUACGUACAUUUUUAAGGGCGAUCAGUAUUGGUUAUUGGAUAAGAGAGCGACGAUCUAUGAAGGAUAUCCGCGUCUGAUCCGUGACGGUCUUGUUGAUAUGCCGUCAAAUAUUGAUGCGGCAUUCAUAUGGAGAUACGAUGAUCAACCGUACUUCGUCAAAAGUUUGUUCGUUCAUUCAAAGCAGAACAUUUCCGAAUUUUGA